AUGAGCAACACAAUUGGGAAUAACUUGCGGCAUCAGAGUUUGCUUUCUCCCUCAGUAUUAGAGCACAAGAAUCGAAGAAAUUCUUCCGCUUGCAUUGGGGGAAAUACCUUUUCCCAUCCACAAGCAAAUUCACUGAUACACAGAUCUUCUAUAUCAGCAGAGUUUCGUGGCAACAGACUCACACUUCAGAAAAAGAAAUCACUAAUGGGGAAGCAGCGUGCUAUUACAAGAUCAUUUAAGGCUGUUUUGGCUGCUGAUUCGCCCUCUGCGCUUACGGAGAAGUUCAACCUUGAUCAGAAUAUAGAACUACAGGUUGAUGUUGGGAUUGCCACUUCAGGUUCUGCUUCAGUUGUAAAUGUUCAAGUUACAAAUAGUGAUCGCCUACUCCUACACUGGGGGGCAAUCGGUAGUCAAAAAGAAAAAUGGAUACUUCCUCAUUGCCGUCCAGUUGGAACUAUGCUGUAUAAAAACAAAGCACUUAGGAGUCCAUUUGUGAAAUCUGGUCCAAAUGCGGUCCUUCAAAUAGAGAUUGAUGAUCCUGCAAUACAAGCUCUGGAGUUUCUUAUUUUUGAUGAAGCCCAUAAUAAAUGGUACAAGUACAAUGGGGGUAAUUUCCAUGUUACAUUACCUAAGACAGAUACAAGGGCAAUAGAUGUUUCUGUUCCAGAGGAUCUUGUACAAAUUCAAGCAUACUUGAGGUGGGAAAGGAAAGGGAAGCAGAGUUACACACCAGAAAAGGAGAAGGAGGAAUACAAAGCUGCUCAAAUGGAGCUGUUGGAAGAAGUAGCUAGGGGUACAUCCAUAGAGGAUCUUCAAAAGAAGUUAUUGAACAACAAUAAUACAAGCGAGAGCAAGGAACAGCUUGUUUCUGCUUCAAAGAGCACUAUACCUGAUGAUCUGGUUCAGAUACAAGCAUAUAUAAGAUGGGAAAAAGCUGGAAAGCCAAACUAUUCUCCUGAACAGCAACUUAGAGAAUUUGAAGAAGCCAGAAAAGAGUUGCAGGCUGAAUUAGACAAAGGUGCUUCCCUUGACGAAAUACGAAAGAUAAUCACCAAGGGAGAGAUACAAACAAAGGUUUCCAAGCAAUUGGCCAAAAAGAGAUAUUUCACCGCAGAAAAGAUUCAGCGAAAGAAAAGAGAUACAAUGUCACUUCUCACUAAAUUUACUCCAGUGCCAGUUGAGGAAAAAGCCUCUUCAGCUCCAGAAGUUUUCUCUGCAGUCCAACAGUUCUCCAGGGAGAAAGAAGAUCACAUUAAUGGCUCUGUAGUGAGCAAAAGAGUUUAUAAGCUUGGUGACAAGGAACUCCUGGUGCUUGUAGCAAAGCACCCGGACAAGACACAAAUUUAUCUGGCUACAGAUCUUCCACAGCCUGUUGUUCUUCAUUGGGGCUUAUCUAUGAGACCUGGAGAAUGGGAAGCACCUCCUUCCACUACAUUGCCCCCUGAUUCAGUCUCUCAAGACAAAGCUGCUGAAACAAAACUCACAACAAGCUCGUCUGAUGAUCAACCUGAUAAGGUCCAAUCAUUAGAAAUUAUAAUUGAAGAUGACAAGUAUGUGGGGAUACCAUUUGUUCUUUUAUCUGAUGGAAACUGGGUGAAAAAUGGAGGGUCUGACUUUUAUAUUGAGUUGAACACUAGCCCUAUGAAGGUUAAAAAGGAUUUUGGAGAUGGGAGAGGAACAUCAAAGUCUUUGUUAGAUAAAAUAGCAGAGUUGGAAAGUGAAGCCCAAAAGUCCUUCAUGCAUCGAUUCAAUAUUGCAGCAGACCUGAUGGAACAAGCAUCCAGUGCUGGUGAACUAGGUCUUGCAGGAAUUCUUGUUUGGAUGAGAUUUAUGGCAACGAGACAGCUGAUUUGGAACAAAAACUACAAUGUAAAACCUCGAGAGAUAAGCAAAGCUCAGGACAGGCUAACAGAUUUGCUACAGAAUCUCUACAUAGCAUUCCCACAGUAUCGAGAAACUUUACGCAUGAUCAUGUCAACUGUUGGCCGCGGAGGUGAAGGAGAUGUAGGACAAAGAAUAAGGGACGAGAUAUUAGUCAUUCAGAGGAAAAAUGACUGUAAAGGUGGAAUGAUGGAGGAAUGGCAUCAGAAGUUGCAUAAUAACACUAGUCCUGAUGAUGUUGUGAUCUGCCAGGCAUUAAUCAACUAUAUUAAGGAUGACUUUGACAUUAAUGUUUACUGGAAAACCUUAAAUGAUAAUGGAAUAACCAAAGAGCGUCUUCUUAGUUAUGACCGUGCGAUACAUUCCGAACCAAAUUUUAGGCAGGAUCAGAAAGAAGGACUGCUGCGUGAUCUUGGACAUUACAUGAGAACAUUGAAGGCAGUUCAUUCGGGCGCAGAUCUUGAGGCUGCUGUCGCAAAUUGCAUGGGCUACAGUGCUCAGGGAGAAGGAUUCAUGGUGGGAGUGCAGAUAAAUCCAGUGGCUGGCUUGCCAGUAGGAUUCCCGGAACUACUUCAACUUGUUCUAGCACACAUCGAAGGUGAGAAUGUGGAAGCCCUUCUUGAGGGAUUGCUUGAGGCUCGUGCAGAGCUUAGGCCAUUGCUUUCCCAGCCGAAGGACCGCCUUAAGGAUCUUAUAUUCCUGGAUAUUGCCCUCGACUCUGCAGUUAGGACAGCUGUUGAGCGUGGAUAUGAAGAAUUGAGUAACGCAAGUCCUGAGAAAAUAAUGCACUUCAUCUCUCUUCUUGUUGAAAACCUUGCUCUUUCGGUGAACAAUAAUGAAGAUCUCAUUUAUUGCCUGAAGGGAUGGAACCAAGCUCUAGACAUGUUAAAGAGCAGAGACGAUCACUGGGCAUUAUUUGCUAAAUCGGUCCUUGAUAGAAGUCGUCUCUCACUUGCAAGCAAAGCUGAAUCGUAUCAUCAUCUACUGCAACCAUCUGCAGAGUAUCUUGGAGCGCGGCUUGGAGUGGAUCCAUCGGCAGUCAAUAUAUUUACUGAAGAAAUUAUUAGGGCUGGAUCAGCGGCUUCAUUAUCUUCCCUUCUUAAUCGACUUGAUCCAGUUCUUCGCCAAACUGCUCAUUUGGGGAGUUGGCAGGUAAUUAGUCCAGUUGAAGCUACUGGGUAUGUUGUCGUGGUGGAUCAGUUGCUCUCUGUUCAGAAUUUAUCUUACUCAAAACCCACAAUAUUGGUUGCAAAAUCUGUUAAAGGAGAGGAAGAAAUUCCUGAUGGUGCAGUGGCUGUGCUGACCCCGGACAUGCCUGAUGUUCUUUCACAUGUUUCUGUUCGAGCGAGGAAUAGUAAGGUUUGCUUCGCAACAUGCUUUGAUUCCAAUAUAUUGGGCGAAAUCCAGACAAAGGAAGGAAAAUUGUUGUGCUUAAAACCUACAUCUGCAGAUGUGGUAUAUAGUGAGGUGAACGAUGAUGAGCUAAUAAGUUCAAGUAACUCUAACAAAGGUUCAUCUGUGCCAUCUGUGACUUUGGUUAGAAAGAUGUUUGGUGGGAGAUAUGCAAUAUCAUCUAAUGAAUUUAACAGCGAAAUGGUCGGAGCCAAAUCUCGCAAUAUCGCACACCUUAGAGGGAAAGUCCCAUCUUGGGUUAAUAUUCCAACAUCUGUUGCUUUGCCGUUCGGUGUUUUUGAAGCAGUCCUUGCAGAUGAUAUAAACCAGGAUGUGGCCAAAAAAUUGCAAGUUCUGAAGCAAAAAUUAGUUGAAGGAAACGUCAGUGCCCUUGGUGAAAUUCGAGACACCGUCUUAGAACUUUUAGCCCCAAUACAAUUGGUUAAAGAGCUUAAAGAAAAAAUGCAGAGUUCUGGCAUGCCUUGGCCUGGUGAUGAAGGUGAAACGAGAUGGGCACAAGCAUGGAUGGCCAUAAAGAAGGUAUGGGCUUCGAAAUGGAAUGAUAGGGCAUACUUCAGCACAAGGAAAGUGAAACUUGAUCAUGAUUAUCUUAGCAUGGCAGUUCUUGUCCAAGAAAUCAUAAAUGCUGAUUAUGCAUUUGUUAUCCACACCACUAACCCAUCUUCUGGGAACUCAUCAGAAAUUUAUGCUGAGGUUGUGAAGGGUCUUGGGGAGACCCUGGUUGGAGCUUAUCCAGGUCGUGCAUUGAGCUUUAUUUGUAAGAAAAAUGAUCUCAGCUCUCCUAAGGUUUUGGGUUACCCUAGCAAACCCAUUGGCCUUUUCAUAAGGCAGUCAAUAGUUUUCCGAUCAGAUUCAAAUGGUGAAGAUUUAGAAGGUUAUGCUGGUGCUGGCCUUUAUGACAGUGUGCCAAUGGAUGAGGAGGAGAAGGUUGUGCUCGACUACUCGUCUGAUCCAUUAAUUAUUGAUAGUCAUUUUCGUAGCUCAAUCUUGUCUAGCAUAGCCCAAGCAGGAAGUGCCAUAGAGGAGCUAUAUGGAUCAGCUCAAGAUAUUGAAGGUGUGGUGAAGGAUGGGAAAAUUUAUGUUGUCCAAACGAGACCUCAGAUUUGA